UCACCGCUAUCAAUAAAUUAGGAACAUUAUUAUUUACGACCUAUCUAAAGUGAACUUAUUUUCUGUAAAAUGCUGUUUCAGUUUUGGUGUAACACGCGUUUAUCCAUGGAAUAUGCUUAUUUUCUUCUCUAAACAAAAAAAAAAUGUGAUUUAACUUGCAUUAAUGACUAUUUACUAUUAUUACAAUGUCAUCACUGAGAUUAAUUCUUCCCAUAAAGCCAAAAUCAUCAAAUACUGAGAUUUACUUUAAGGGAUACAUACAAACAAACAAAGAAAAUUUGACUACGAUAUACGUUACAAAAUAUUCUAAAACUUGUGCUCUAUUUGAAGAAACAGUAACCAAGGCUGAUAAUGUUAUUUAUGGAUAUUAUAGUAAUUAUGAAACACACAAGUUCAAAUUCAAAUCAUUUAGUAAUUAUUUGAUCAUGAGUGAUCAAAUAUGCCCACGAAUACAAUAUUUAAGUAUAGAUGGGAAAAAAAUAAAUGAUAUUGAUAGUUGUAUAAUAAUUUUUUAUGAACACCAUGCAAUCAAAAAUUCAGAAACAUUGUGUGAAUGUAAUGAUUUUAUUUUUGAACUGCAAACUUUAGUGAGAAAUGAUUGUAGAGAGGAUCAAAACAGAACAGAUUAUGAAGCCACAUUUCAAAAUCCUUCCUGGCUAGUUUCAUCAAUGUUUAUUCAACAUAUAUUCAAUUAUUUAAAUAUGAUAAUAUGGCUCAUAAAAUCAGUCAGAAGAAAUAGAAAAAUAUCAAUGAAAGAAGGAAAUUUUAUUUUAUCAAUUCUGUUAGAUAUUACUAUUGGAUAUUUUAUAUUAGAGUUACUUUUAAAGGACAAAAAAGAUUUAGGCAUACUUUUAAUGGGUAUUUUGGAGAAAUUAGUUAAUCUGAUGUACACUUUGUUGAAAUGGUUAAUGGGUUCUCCAGCCGGUCUUAAACUGAACAAUGCUUUUAAUAAAAUGUUGGGAAGAUAUUUUUCUUAUCACAUUGAACUUUGGUGGCUGUUUUUAGAUGUUUCUGGUGAAAAAUUAAAUAUUAUACUGCAUUUGUAUGGAUAUAUUGGUUACCUAGGUUUUACAUUUCAAGCUGCAAUAAUAGCAGAUAUGAUUUGCAUUGCCACAUUUCAUUCAUAUUGUAUUUAUGUGUAUGCUGCAAGGUUGUUUAAUAUUCAAAUAUCUGGAUUGAUUGCAUUGUUAAGAUUGUUUGUUGGUAGAAAAUACAAUCCCUUAAGAGGAGGCAUUGACUCCUGUGAAUACACAAAUCAAGAACUUUUUGUAGGAACAGUUGCAUUCACUAUUCUGUUAUUAUUAUUACCUACAACCGUUAUGUAUUACACAGUAUUUACUAUGUUUCGAGUGUUGUCAAUGCUGGUUCAAUAUAUACUUGCCAAAUGUAUAUAUUUACUACAAACUUUCCCCUUGUAUGUUUUUAUUCUAUGGAUAACCAAAUCAACAAAAGUUGCAGGAAAUGUCUUCCUUGAAGUAGUGAAAAAUGAUGAGACAUCUCUUUUAAUGUUACAAAUCAAACUGUUCACUGUUCCAUUGCAAUAUUUAGUCAAUAACUUCAAACCUCCAGUGGAGGUGUCAAAACAUGUUGAAUGGAGCAAUAUUGUAUCAAAUAUUGUCACUGGAAAACAAAUAAUAUAAUAUAAAUAAGGUUUUUUAA